AUGCUGAAAGUUGAAGAGGGAAAAAAGCUUGUCAAGGAAUUGAAGAAAAAUCUAGACCAGGUGGUCGCAGCAUCAUCAUCGAAACCGAAAAGGGCGGCAUUUGGAGAGCGUCCCGUUAAUCAGCUAACAUUCGAUCUGUCUUGCAUCGAAGCUGAGGACUCGUCUAAUGAAGACUUUGGAUCUACUAACCUCACUGGAGUUUAUCGAGCGUUUGCACCUGUGUUACCUUCUCCGUCUAAUGCCAAAUACCAGGCCAGAGCCGAGCGUUUUGUUAUCACGCAGCAAGUACAAGGACAGCUUUUUGUGAAGAGUUCUGCUCCUUGUGGUCCAGUGUUUAUCGAAAUGCCCUCUGCCACGCCCAGUGAAAAGUACGCUGUGGAUAAAGCCUCAAAUGUUAUCGAUGUGGAAUGUGAACGAAUGGCACAAUUUGCCACACAAUGUCGUGAGGCCAAUCCAGAGAUAUCUGAAUGGUCGACUCCGGUUCCUGGCUCUUCGGGUUCCGAUUUUGUAUAUGGACAAAUAGUGCGGAGUAUAUCUGAAGAUGUUCCGUUGAGUGACCGAACCGCAUCGCUUUUGAUGGACGAUGAGCGUGGUACGGUGAUACAGCUCGAUCUUAGUCGACUUCCGGAAAUUGGUAUUUAUCCUGGACAGUUGGUGGCUUUGCUUGGCUCAUUUGAAGGCGGAGAUCAUUUCAUAGCAACUCGUCAGUUUCAUCCUAAACCUCUGCCGCUGUCACCUUUGGAAAGACCUACUGUCGAUGAGAAUCUUCGGGUGUGGUGCGCCAGCGGUCCCUUCACAACUUCGGAGAAUUGCUCAUACGAACCUCUUCGCGAUUUGCUGGAAAUAGUAACCAAAGAGCAACCGCACGUACUGAUUUUGAUGGGGCCGUUAGUGGAAAGCAAGAACGCGUUCAUGCAACGUAAAGAGUUUCCGGAGAAAUAUCAGAGUGUUAUGGAUCAGCUCAUGAGAAAUAUUGCAAAAUGUCUUGAAGGCUGCCGGACGGAAGUAAUUGUGCAACCCGCACCCUUUCGUGACGCAUGCUGUGACCCCAUAUUUCCCACUCCUCCGUUUAAGUUCAGCUCCGAUAUUAGCAAAAAGAUGGGACGUCGCCUUCACUGCGCCCCUGAACCGUGUGUGGCUCGCAUCAAUGGAGUCGAAGUGGCGUUUACUAGUAGCGAGGUGAUCGUACAUCUUAGCAAGAACGAAUGGCACCGAUCACCAAAUCAAGAAAAUCAGGAUAGAAUCACCCGGCUCAAUUCUCAUCUACUAGAUCAGCGCUCGUUGUAUCCCCUUUCUCCUCCUGCAAUACCCAGCUCUGUAGAAGAGUUGACGAAGCUUUGUAGUCUGCGAACUGCUCCACACGUUAUUAUUUGUUCGUCAGUUCUCGCUGCUAGCAUAAAGAACAUAAACAACACUAUUGUUGCGAAUCCUGGAAUUACGGCACGAGGAGGCAGUGGAACAUUCCUAAAAUGUGAAUUCUCUACGUCUGUAGCACAAGACGCCUCAAACUUACCUGAUUGUUCAAGAUUUGAAAUUGUCAAGUUAUAA